AUGGUUCCAGAGGAGAAAGAGGCACAUCUGAAAAGACACCCGCUUUUUCAGAGCACGCAACACACCAGAGAUUCAAAUUCCGAUCCCGCGUUGUCCACACAACGCCUGUCGUCAAAAGAGCUCUUGGCCAGGUCCAGUCCGGACAAAUUUGGUGCAGAGGCGUCCGGACAAAAACCCAAUUUUCGGGAUCAGGCCUUUUCUGCUAUUGCCCCGGGUCCUACCGGCGGUGGCGGACAAGAUACGGCCGCGGACAACGAGCCUCAUACGCCACCACCAGGCUUUGCCAGAUGGAGACUGUCGCGCGCAAGAGGUGUCAGAUCCGGCGAUGCUGGACGUCAGAUCUGUCACGGGACCUUGACAGCGGCUAUUUCCGAGCUUCAGCAAAUGCAAAUGCAAGUCGACGCAGGUCGACGCUCAGUCCAAUUUUCUACCACUAAGUAUUCUGAUAUCGUUAAUGGAAUCAAUGGGCUCAGAUCAGUCUUGGUGAAGGGUAAUUGGACUCGAGACUAG